AUGACUGGGUUUUUCUCUUCAUCCAAACCUGCACAUUCUUCUCAUAACUCUUCCUCUCCAUCCCCACCUCACACCUUCUGUGAAACUUUAAUGGAGGAUUCAUUAAAGAACGCUGAGGCAAUUAUUAAAAGAUGGGAUCUUGAUAAUGGCUCCUCUAACAGCUCUUACUGCACAAUAUCAAAUCUCUUUCGCGAUAAUCGAGCAGAGGCUAAGCAGUUUGUGGAUGCUGUAAUCGACUUACAGCAUGCUAUGCGAUUUGUUAUCAAGGAAAGUUCCAGCUCCCAACAGCUUGUUCGAGCUCAAAAUCUCAUGCAAAUAGCCAUUAAGAGACUUGAGAAAGAGUUCCGCACCAUUUUGGCAGGGAAUCGCUACUUCUUAGACUCUGAAAGUACUGCCUCAAGAGAAUAUUCCAACCGGUCCAGUACUGCUUCAGAUGAAGAUCAAGCUUCUGAAGAUGAUAAUACUGUUGAGAUACAAGCUCGUCUUUCCGAGGUUUCAAUUACUGAGGAAGGUGAAAAGAUUUCUGUAACAGCGGAUCUGAGAGCAAUUGCUGAUUGUAUGAUUGAAGCUGGGUACGGAAAAGAGUGCGCCCAGAUUUACCAACUUAAUCGAAAAUCAGUCAUCGACGAGACAUUGUAUUGCCUGGGAAUUGAAAAUUUUAAUAUUUCGGUUAUUCAGAAAAUGGAUUGGGAUGUUCUUGAGAAGAAAAUAAAAAGUUGGUUGAGUGCUGUUAAGGUUGCAGUUAGUACUCUACUUUAUGGCGAGAGGAUUCUCUGUGACCAAGUCUUCGCCGUCUCCGACAACAUUAGAGAGUCUUGUUUCUCGGAGAUUGCUAAAGACAGUGCUCUGGCGCUGUUCACUUUCCCGGAGAUGGUGGCGAAGUACAAGAAAUUGUCUAUUGAGAAAAUGUUUCGUAUUCUCGAUCUCUACGACGCUAUUUCUGAACUCUGGAGUGAAAUCGAAUUGAUUUUCGGCUUUGACUCCACGGCGGUUGUCAGAUCCCAGGCGAUGAGCUCAAUGGAGAAGCUUCGCGAAGCUGCUGGAACCAUCUUAUCGGAGUUUGAAUCGGCGAUUAAGAAAGAUUCGUCCAAAGUGGUACCUGGUGGCGGAAUCCACCCGCUAACUCGCUACGUCAUGAACUACCUUGUUUUCCUCAGUGAUUACAGUGGGCCUAUCUCUGAAAUCGUCGCCGAUAUGCCGGUAUCAAUGAAGUCGCCACUGCCGGAAUCUUAUCUAUUGAGUCCAAUCGCCGACGAUGAGAACUCUGCUGCUUGCGUCGUUUCCGUACGGCUCGCUUGGCUUAUCCUCGUUCUCCUCUGCAAACUCGACGGCAAAGCAGGGUUCUACGGUGACGUGCCGUUAUCCUAUUUGUUCUUAGCAAACAACUUAAACUACGUCCUCUCCAAGGUCCGAGAAUCCAGCCUGAAGCUCCUAUUAGGAUCCAUUUGGCUCUCGAACCACGAAGCAAAGGUAGAACAGUACAUGGAAAAUUACAAGAGAAUGGGCUGGAGCAAGGUGCUGACAUCACUGCCGGAGAAUUUAACGGCCAAGAUUUCUCCGGCAGAAGUGAACCAGUGCUUCUGUAAAUUCAAUUUGGGUUUCGAAGAGGCGUAUCGAAAACAGAGUUCAUGGGUGAUACCCGACCCGAAACUUCGUGACGAAGUCAAAAUAUCACUGGCGAAGAAGAUUGUUACAGCCUAUCGAGCAUUUUACGAGAAGAACUGGGAAACUGUUUCAAGGAGUGGGAGCGGUGGCGAAGUGGAGUCAAUUGUCAGAUUUGUCCCUGAUGAUUUACAAAAUUACUUAUCCGAUUUAUUUUAUGGAGCUGGUUUUUCAGAAAAUAGCAGUACGUCGCACGGGUCAACUUCAACGUUCUCAUCUCCAUCACGUUGA